UCAAAAUCUCGUAUACUUGCGAGAGUUCGAAGUUCAGUCCGGAAAGCACCAUGGCUAUCAUGAGGGUUCUGUGUGCUGCAAGAACCUUUUGUAAAUCUACCAUUUACCAUAGUAGAAAUGACACUUUAAUCAGGUGCCUGUCGAUGUCACCAGCCAUGGCAGGUAAAUACCUAAAACUGGACCUGAGUCAUGGAGAUGUUGCUGUUGUUCGCUUUGAUAAUCCUGAUGCAAAGGUGAAUACCUUGUCAAAGGAGAUGCAAAAUGAAUUCCUGCAAGUACUCAAUGAAACCCAGAGCAACCAAAAUGUCAAGGCUGUUGUUCUUAUUUCAAGCAAGCCAGGGUGCUUUGUUGCUGGUGCUGACAUCAGCAUGAUUGAAGCCUGUAAGACAAAGGAAGAGGUGGUGGAAUUGUCACGGAAGGGACAAGAGGCAUUUCAGAAAAUUGCGGACAGCAAGAAACCAGUGGUAGCAGCCAUCAUGGGUUCUUGUCUAGGUGGUGGUCUGGAGCUGGCUCUGGCCUGCCAUUACCGUAUUGGAGUGAAAGAUAGAAAGACGGGUCUAGGCUUGCCUGAAGUGAUGCUGGGACUUCUUCCAGGAGCAGGAGGCACUCAGAGACUACCAAAAAUGGUGCCUGUUCCGACUGCUCUUGACUUGAUGCUCACAGGACGGACUCUUAAGACAGACAGUGCAAGAAAAAUGGGGCUACUGGACCAGACAGUUGAACCACUGGGUCCAGGGUUAUCAGAUCCUGACACUAACACCCUCAAGUACCUUGAGGAGACUGCUGUCAGUUCUGCCAGGGGUCUUGCUGAUGGUUCACUGAAGAAAACUCCCAAGAAAAAGGGUAUUCAAGACAAGGUCAUGGAUUUUGUGCUGUCCUAUGACAUUGGAAAGAAUUUUAUCUUUAACAAGGCACGCAGUCAAGUUAUGAAAAUGAGUAAAGGUCUUUAUCCUGCACCUCUCAAAAUACUAGAGGUUGUACGAAAGGGUCUUGAUGAAGGAUCCUCUGCAGGUUACAAAGCAGAAUCGCAGGCCUUUGGAGAGCUGGCCAUGACAUCACAGUCCAAGGCAUUGAUUGGACUUUACUAUGGGCAGACUGCAUGUAAAAAAAACAGAUUUGGCAAACCCCAAAAACCUGUUGAAACACUGGCAAUUCUUGGUGCUGGUCUCAUGGGAGCAGGCAUUGCUCAGGUCAGCAUUGACAAGGGCAUCAGUGUUUUGCUUAAAGAUGUGUCACAGGCAAGUCUUGCUCGAGGUCAAGAGCAGAUUCAGAAGAGCCUAGAUGCUAAGGUGAAGAGAAAGAAGAUCACCAGUUUUGAAAGAGAUUCCAUCCUUUCCAAGCUAGACCCAACAAUCACAUAUGACAACUUUGGUAAAUGUGAUAUGGUGAUCGAGGCAGUAUUUGAGGACCUCAGUAUCAAGCACAAAGUCAUCAAAGAAGUGGAAGCUCGUAUUCCAGAACACUGUAUUUUUGCUUCUAACACAUCAGCUCUACCUAUCACACAAAUUGCUCAGGCUAGCAAAAGACCAGAGAAGGUGGUGGGCAUGCACUACUUCUCACCUGUUGAUAAGAUGCAGCUCCUUGAGAUUAUCACCACCAAACAGACGUCCCAAGACACUGCAGCAUCAGCAGUGGACCUGGGCCUGCGGCAGGGUAAAGUUGUUAUCGUUGUAGGUGAUGGGCCAGGCUUCUAUACCACUCGUAUCUUGGCCCCCAUGCUUGCAGAAGCUGUACGUCUGUUACAGGAGGGAGUCAGCCCCAAGCGCCUUGACAAAGUGACCCGUGAUAGUGGUCUCCCUGUUGGUGUGGCAACCUUGGCAGAUGAAGUGGGUAUAGAUGUGGCUGCCCAUGUUGCAGAAGACCUUGGCAAGGCUUUCGGGGAACGCUUUGGUGGUGGUGACAUUAACCUUUUGAAAGCAAUGGUCAGCAGUGGUUUCUUGGGCAGGAAGUCUGGAAAGGGCUUUUACACAUACACUGCAGGUAGCAAAGAAAGAACAGAAAAUGAUGGUGCACUAAAACUUCUCCAGCAGUUUCAUAUACAACCAAAAACAGACCUUUCAGAUCAAGAUUUGUGGUACAGACUGUUUUCACGGUUCGUCAAUGAAGCUGUGUACUGUUUGCAGGAUGGAAUCCUUGCGAAUCCACUUGAGGGAGACAUUGGAGCAGUGUUUGGCCUUGGUUUCCCACCAUUUUAUGGAGGCCCAUUCCGUUACCUUGAUCUUCAUGGUGCAGACCCAAUUGUGACACGCAUGCACCGUUACCAGGAGCUGUUUGGAGUGCAGUUUCAACCAUGCCAGUUGAUGCAGGAUCACGCCAAAGAUCCUACCAAGCGGUUCCACUCUUAAUCCAAGUGCCAUUGCCUUUCCUUCAUUUGUUGACAGUUACUUGUUAGACAGCACAGAAUUUUGUGAUACUUGAUGCAGAGACAGGUUAUCAUUACAUGUUAUCUUUCGAGACUGGUUUUGACAGGAUUGUGCAGAGCCUGUAUUUUGGGAUGUGGAGUCCUUUCUGUUCAGUCUUAUUUCUGAAAUAGAUGUUACUAUUAAAGAUGGGAUAUGGAAAAAGCACAGUGGUAUUGCAUGAUGUGAAGAAGAAAACAUUCACAGAUUUAUUCAUCCAUGACAUGCUGCAAUCAUUUUGCCAGGCAAGAUUACAAGGAAUGUUUGUGUGGUUUUGUUCUGCAUUUUUUACCAACUAUGAAAAUUUUUUUUAGCUACAAUUUGAAUAAAAAAUCCACUCCUCUUGGUGCAGAAGUUUAUGAAUUUCAUCAUGUACACAUUGUUAUUAUUGACCAAUUACCACAUAUUUUUGAUUAGUUAACUGGGUCAGUUUAACUAUAUUUAUUAUGGUCUGCAUGCAGAUCUAUGAACACAUGCAAGUUAUUUCUGGUCAAAAUUUGAACUUGACUUAGUUACAGAUCUCUGAAAAGACUUCAGUGCCAUAUAGCUCAAGCCAAUUUGUGAAAAUAUUUGAAGACAUUUUGAUGAAUAUUUUGAUAUCUUCGCUGUUGUUUUUUUGGGUUGACUAUUCUAUAUAGAGCUGAGGUUUUGGAAUUUUUUUUUAAAUGUGCUGCAUGACUUCUUGUCAAAGUGUGACAGUGAAUGAAUAUAUUUAAUAUAGAUGCCUUCUGUGAUUGAAGAAUGUUGCAUGUUUGCAGCAUGUCUGACAUGAGAGCCUUUGAACUUUAAAAAAUGAAUAAGUUCAUGAUUGUUUGUUAACUCAUACUUUCAAAGCUUAAUUUUUUGUAAAAUAAAAAUUUUAAAAAAAUUA